GGGAUCACCUAAUCAGGUUCAGUAGUCCCCUUAAUUUAGGUAAUGUUGGUGAAAUCGGACAUUAGUCUCAUAAUUAUUGAUAAUUUACUUUUAUUUUACACUGGCUAUUACAUAAUAUUUUGAAAUAUUAAUUUCAAAUAACGUUAUUGGCAGAAUUUUCGCGAACUGACAUUCAAAAAGAGCAUAUUGUGUUUCUCAAUAUUUUCAAAUCACAAAAACGAAUAACAAAAAAAGAAAUAAUCUUAAUGAUCAGAGACAAAAAGUUUGGAUGUAGGAAUCUAGGAGGAAAUAAACCGUUAUCAAAUACCACAUCGAGUAAAUUACUUCAUAACUACCUACUACAUAAAUGAGCUACAUAAAGCAAAUUCACUAUUUUUCAUCAUUUUUGAAACAACAAAUCAAAUGAAUAAAUUUUCAAUAUCGAAAUUAGUAAUUUUAUAAUCUGAUAUUCAACUAUUGUGAUUCAUUAUCGUAGAUUAUGCGAUAAUUGAAGUUAGCCAUAAUCGCGCAUCGCUACGUUCUAUGUUUCAUUUUCAAAGCAAAGUUUUUAUUUUCUAUAUAAAAUAAUAUACGAAUAAUAUUUUUAAAUAAAUAAAUUUAUAGUAUCAUUCUUUUCACAGUUAACAGGAGUUGAAUUCGAAAACCUACAAAUGUUACACAAUUUAGACUUAAGAGAAAACUCUUUGACGGAAAUACCAGACUUUACAUUUUCCAAAUGCCGAAACCUGGAGAAAUUGGAUUUAUCCAAGAACAAAUUGCGAUUCCUGAAUAUGACAACAUUUCACGGAUUAGACAACCUUACGUCACUUCUCCUAUCUGAUAAUAAAUUGCAUGAAGUACAUUUCAAAACUUUUGCUACUUUAAAAACUUUGACUACUCUGUAAGUAUUUGAAUUAUAUUUGUUAUUCUGGAAUGAUUUUCAAAAUGAUGUUUAAAAAAACAAUUUUAUUAUAAUAUUACAGGUACAUAGAUGACAACUUAUUUCCCUCAUUGCCGUCAAGGACUUUAGAUUAUAUGCCAAAACUGGCGAUAGUGAAACUAUCUGGGAAUCCCUGGCACUGCGAUUGCCACGUUUUAUAUAUAUCAGCGUGGGUGCGUCUUAAUGAAAUGAAGAUUUGGGACUACUCCCCUACUUGCUCGUCACCGUGGUUUCUGGAAGGUCAUUUUCUGAAAAAAUUGAAAUUCCCUGAGCUGUGUGCUGGACAAUGGGCCAGUAUGGUAAAUCUAUCGCCGCGGCUCCCCAUACAGCAAUUGUUGGCGCUAAAUGUGUCGGUGAACAGAAAACCUCAAGAUAGCAUGGAGCAAAAUCAUGACGUCACAACUGUUGACACGUGGCAUUAAUAUGAAAAUAUUUUUAAGGUUACCACCUAAGCGGGUCCACAGAUUUUUUAACACCGAACUAUUCAGUCGACCAGGGGACUCCUGCGAGUAUUUUAAUAAGAAUUUUCGUUCUCAGACUUUUUUAGAUAUAACCUUACCAGAGGUAUAUCUCAAAACAAUCUAUUUAAUGUAACAGAAAUUAUAAUAUUUUAUUUUUAUGUGAAAUAAAAACUAUUUGUAAUUCAGUUCUAUGUUUGUGAGUGUGUUUUUUUAUAGUUAAUAUUUUGUUAGGGAACUUCAGAGCUUGGUAAUACAUACAGCUGGUCAACUGUUCAAGUCUCCCGGAUAACCCCUAAUAAUUAUCAAAAUUUAUGG